AUGGCGCCACCGUCCUCGACCCCAUCGCCACGUCGGUUUCUUCUGAACAAGCGAACUACAAACCAUGCCACAGCCACGCCAUCUAAACUGUCAAAACAAGUGCUACAAGAUGCACCUGAUUCCAAUACUCCUCGACCGACAUCUGGUCCAACACCCUCACAGUUCGCAAAAGUGCCUCGAUUUGCCAUAUCCACUGCAAGGAGGGCUUCCUUUCCGCCGCGCUCACCAUCGCCUGCAAAACACCACUUCUCUGUCUCAGGCCAAGGUAUCUCACUUGGAAGUCAACGUGAGAAUGUACGAGAAACCAUCUCGAUAUCUGAUGACGAUGAAGAUAUGUUGGACAACGGCAAUGGCAAUCUUGACUUCACAAUUUUAACACAACCUGAAUCUCAGGACUCAAUACCGGAGCCUGAAAAGGGAGCAUAUCUCACGUCACGCCUACCUCCAUCGCCGAAACGGCGAAGAAUCGAUGCUGACGAAACAACAUCAACCCCACAGCCAACCCCGGGACGUUUCAUAUUGCCAUCCACAGGUACAAGCCGCAUGCCCCUCACACAAGCAGAAGGAAAUACGCCCAGCAAUAGCAGACCGGCGUUCUUGAUGGCUUCCCUUCCCCCAGCACCAGAGACAGUUUCGCCGUUACCCGACGCGUUUUCACCUCGAAGGAGAGGACAGAAGUUUGUGCCUGGCGGGCUAGCAUCAGAACUACAAUCGUGGGUGAUCGAGGUAGCACAGACUGCGACUCAGAGUAGAUCCCGUAAUUCUCUAUCAGUCGACGAUUCAGUGCACGUCAUUGAUGUCGAAGAGAUCAAGGGCAACGGUCCGGUCUUUGCGAUUGGUACAAAGCCAAGCAGACAGACUCACAAAGUGCUUCUCGUUGACGGUCAAGCGAACCAGAGAGCAGACAAGGUGAAAACAGGGGACAGAGUGAGCAUCCGGCUGCCAACAUGGGAUGUGCAGGUGUUAGGUGAAGCAUGGACCGUAGGUGUUGACUGGAGAACCAUGAAGCCCUGA